CAUUUCUUGUGCAAUGUGGAACACUCUUAAUGAGUAUCUUCUUUUAAUGAUAUUGGACAGAUUGUCCUUAGCAGACUUGUUCCAGGCAUGUUUAACUUGCAAAUGGUGGUAUUGGGUGUUCAAACAAGACAUUGUGUGGCGCCGAAGACUUCAUCAAGAUUAUAAAAUUAAUACUAAUGUUGGUCUGCCUCCUGGAAUCAAAUCCUGGCGAUCCUUGUACAAAAAGUGGUUUUGGCAGACUCCCAUUUUGCUGGAUGAAGACCUUGAAAUAUGUGACCAUAGUGAGGAGAUCACCCACGUGUGUUUUUCCCCUGAAGGUGACAUGUUUGCAACUGUGGGCUUCGACCUUCAACUCUUUGUGUACAAGACCAGUAACCCUCUUGAGUCCAUUUUCGAGGUCGAUUUCAGCGUUUUUCAAUGGACAUGCGCCCAAAAAUGUGAGUUUAAUGGUAAUGGACGGAUGUUAAUGGUCUCGGGUGCCAAGGCCACUGACCUAUUGAGUCGAACUUUUGGCGAGAUGGUCGUUUUCAGUGUCAAGGAAGAGUUCGAGAUCUGUGCCAGGAUUACGAACAAACCCAGUGACGUGGUUGGGUGUUGGUACAAUGACAAAUAUGUCAUAUCUGCCGACUUCAAGUGGUUGUCCAACUCGCACCGUGUCUCCACAAGCUUGCUCUGGCUGAACAAGAUCACGCCAUUGUGGUCAGAGAGUGCCCACGAUUAUACGCUUUCAUGCAUGAGAAGUCUCUUCAAGUUCUACAAUCCUAACGCCAGUUGCGUUCGCCAUUUCUUGGUUUGUAACGUGCCUCCUCAGAUUGGUCGAAAAGGCACUCAUGCACUGACCCAGAAUGAGCUUCUUAACGAGAAUUUGGUCCGACAGAUUUUGGCUCGAGAGUCAGGAGUUCUCUCCGAGCAGAGGAUCCGAGUUCCAAGGGAAAUUCCAUCCCUUCCCAGAGAGAUUGAUGACAGAUAUAUCUCAUUUAUGAGAGGCCAUACAUUUGAGAUCUUUUCAGACACCGACAUUUCAACCCCGGGAAUGUUUGAAUAUUCCUCAAAAUACCGAGAGAAAAGACUGUUGGCGCACGAUCAGGACGAUUCUUGGGUAUAUGAAGGCAACGACGAGAAUUCGGAUGAGGGGGAUGAUUCGGAUGAUUGGGAGUACUUUGACGAGAAAGAGGCCGACUUGGCUGAAGCAAACAAACCCGAGUACUUGAAGAUCGAUCGAGGACAUGAAGUCAUAAAUGAAAAGGAGAAGCUUUUAAUAUUCACCACUGGGUCUUUGGUUCAAGUUCCCCAUCAAGUAGGGAUUAAGAAGAUGUCUUGCGUUCGAUUCAGAGAACAUAUGGACCUCUCUCAAAGUUUGAAGAACUGCACGGAGAAAAGCGGAAGGAACCAAAGAGCCCUUCGACCAGGCCAUGAGCCCCUGGAUGAGCCUGAUACCGUGGAUUGGUCUGAUUAUCCCAAGGUCUCGCAUAUGUUCGAUCACAUCGAUGUGAUCCUUGAUUUUCCGGGUCGAGUGGUGGGUCUGGCCACUUCACCUGAUUCCAGAUUCCUCUAUGUCAGCUAUCGUGCCUGGCCAAAGGACUUCGUCAUCAAAUCUCACCGAGAUAAUCCCCCGUUGGCAUCAGAGGCGUUUUGCUCCGUGAUGGACUUGGAAACGUUCGACGAGGUCGGAACUUUGCACACGCCCGUUCAUUGCUUCACUUCCAAUAGCCGAGUCAAGGCCAUGGGGAACCCUGACGUGGGGAGAGAUUUAAUUGCCGUGCCCCUGGGCACCGAGCAUGCCGGGCUCUUUGAUCGAUUCUACGGAGUUCAGUUAGGGGAGUUUUCUCACUCGGACGUGAUCAAUCACGUGAGUCUCGAACCAACUCGGGGACAAAUGGCCGUCUCCGUUGGGGAUGACAUGAAGGUGCAACUUUGGAAAUCUCGAGAAAUGAUGGCCCAAAAACGGAGAAGGAUGGGGAAACCUCAAAUAUGAAGAAUUAGAGCCUUACUCCCCAGAGAAAGCUCUAGUUCGAUGUCGAAUAAAGGAGAAGCCCAUCAAAUUAAUUUCUUCCUGUUCCCAUCACACUAAUGACUGAGACUGACAUCGAGAUUAGAGCGAUAGAAAUCUGACCCCACAAGUGGGCACACUUUCAAGGCUGAAUAAAGCAUUGCUGUCUUAUUCGUCUCAUUGAGGCACUUUCAAUGACACCAGUUCCUCGUCCCAUGCUCAAGGAUGCUUUGGCGGUGGUAAAAAAGUGAUCCAUGUCUUGGAAGCCCACUGCAUGACUUCCAUCAGCAAGAAAUAGUCGUGGAUGUUCCCGUUCUUGCAAAUCCUUGCGUGACAUUCGUUCCACUCGCAUCAUCAGGGUUAACUGGCACUCAAAGUAAUGGCGACACUUGGCUAUCUGCAAUCCAAGAAUUUAUGGGG